AAGGCUAUUCGCCGCGAAGGUGAGAAAAUGGUCAUCGUGCGAGAGGCACGGGUGGCUAAUAUCUUUCGUGGGAGGAGCUACUAACGACGGCGCUGAGGUCAUUCUUGAUUACCUUCGUGCGUAUUCACCCCAGCCUCAGUGUCUUGUUUCUCCCUCGGCCUCUGACACAUUGUCUAGAGAGACAGAAGUACGGCCAGUCAUUCCCAGUACACAUCUGCUCUUAUCGCUUUGCAAAGUAACAGCUAACUGUUACUUGUGAUUCAUGGACACAGUCGCCCGUAUUCGGUAUGUUAGUAGAUGGGAACACUAAUCCCGAAGUGGCCAGACCUGCUCCUGCUGAAAUGAGGCAGGCUAUCGAGAUAUCAGCCAACCUACACACAGCGGUUACCAAGGCGUAUGCCGCCAGAGCAUUACGAGACUUGUGGCACGACAAGCAGAUUGGAGGACAGACAGCGGGGAAACAAGUCGUGUAUCACGCUUUACAAGAAGCUCCCAACGAGGUCACAUCGGAAACCUUCGUAACCCUGGAUGAGCACAUUGAGAAAGCUCAGGGCAAGCUUUCCAGUCUUCAGAUCCACAAGAAAAAGGUACGCAUGGAGCUCGCAGCCCUCCAUGCGAAACCUUUACUGUCUGAGCUUCGUCGAGAUGUGGAUCAACUUGGUCGAGAUCAAGCAACAACCCGGACAAUCUGGCUCACAAUAGAGGGGAAUGCUUCGAUGCCCGUGCCCGUGCAUAUGACAAGAGCACGUGCCGAAGAAGAUUGGAAGCGCUGGAAAAAGCACGCUAGCAGUCGUGCUCGGAUCUGCCGUGACCUAUGGCGAAGGUGCUUGGAUGCGUUGCCAGGCGACACAGCUUGGGAAGAGCUCUGGGAAUCUCUAGGAUUAGAAGGGCCCCCGUUACGCCGAUCACUUGAUCACUCGAGCUCGUGAAGAAAGUCAGUGAAGAGGCAGGGUGGAAGGGAUUGGUCUCUGAUCGGCGGCGGUCGAUCCCUGGUCUUGAGAAAGCGCAUGUGUGCAAACUGACUUACGGGUUCGUGGGGGAGACGCAGC